AUGACAAAUUACUCAACUUCAGUAAUAAUUCCAAAAGCACCAAAAUCAUUAUUAUCAGGAACAAUCGAUAAUUUUAAUAUAAAUAAUAAUACUAAUAAUACAAACCCUACUGCUAAUACUAAUAUUAAUAAUAAUUAUAUUGAUAAUAAUAAUAAUUAUAAUUAUAAUAAUAACAACUUUGUAUCAAUAUCGACUCAAAUAAAAUCAUCAUCACCGAUAACAACAUCUCAUCGUCGUUCCGAUUCCACAUCAAGAAAAUCUAAAUUAAAGAAAAAGAUUUCGAUUUCAAUGAUAAGAAUAAAAGUUGACAAUAAUUUCCUCAAAAAUCAAAAUUUCAAAUUAUUACAAGAAUUGGAACAAAGCAGAUUGACAAUCCAGGCAUUAAAAAACAUUGUUUCACAAAAAGAUGAUCUAAUUCAACAUCUGAAUACCGAAAAUCAAAAAUUGACGUUGAAAAACCGUGUAUUUGAAGCUUUAUUGUUAAGUAAACAUUCAAAAGAUGGAAGUAUCAUAUUAAGGACCGGUAACAACAACAACGAUCAUAUUAGUGGUAAUGACGAUUCGUUUAUCAAUAGCAACAAUUGCAAUAGCAAUUCUGAUAAAAAAGUCAUUAAAAAUAAUGUGUCUCCAGUAUCUUCAGCACAUCCACCGCCACUACCUCCUAAGAAAGCAAAUCAUUAUAAUUUAUCAAAUACCUCAACUAAUUCAUUGCCUUCAUCACCAACGCUUGUAACUACCAUACAACAAGUUAAUAAUAACAAACAUAAUAAUGUUUCACAAUUAUUACGGAAACCAGGGAAUAUCAUUCAAUCAUUAACCUCUUCAUGUAAUCCAAUGAAUAUGAAAAACAAUGGUUAUGAUUAUUCACCGUCAAUAACUCCAACUUCGAUCAGAAUUAAAAAUAACACUAAUGUUAAUAACAUUGACCGGGAAGGACAAAAUUUAUCAAAACUUCGUAGAAUCUUUAAGAAACAACCUUCUACGCCUCCUUCUCCAUCCUCUAUGCCUUCUACAUUUCUUCUGUUGUAUUAA